AUGAAAUGUUUAUUAUAUAUUUCAGAAGGCUCAGUGGAGAGAGUUUAGGUUCUUGUUCUAAGGACGAGCUCGAAAAAAUCGAACAAGAGAUCAAACUAAGUUUAGCGACCGUUAAGGCCAGGAAGAAUAAAUUAAUUCAGGAGAAGAUUAAUCAGCUGAAGCUACAGGAGAAGAAUUUGACGAAUGAAAACGCGGAACUAAUAAAAACGCGUGAGAUGGUGAAGAAUCUGAAAUUGUCUAAUCCUCCAAAAGUUGAACCAGAAGCAGCUAUGGAGGGGGAAGAAACCCCCAUGUUUCAUCUGUGAGUACUAUAUAUAUAUGUGGAGAGAGAGAGAGAGAGAGUGUUCUAUUCUUAAUAUAUAUGCAAUAUUAAUAAUAUCUCUCUCAAUAGUGAUGUAAUAAUAAUGGUGUGCCACGUCAUUACUUAAUUAUUAAGACGAAGUUGAGGAGUUGAUCUCUCAACCAGGUAUGAACUCAUCAUGUGAAGACAGAUAUUAUAUAUAUAUUUAUAUAUACUUUGUUGUUUCUGUGUA